AUGGCGGACAAUACUGCGAGCCUGAAGAUCGCAUUCAACGAGCUGCGCGGCACCCACCGCAUCCUGGUGGAGGAGGAUGCGGCCUGCUGCGGGAACUGCGCGCAUGCGGAGUGCAGCAGCCUGCUUGACUCCACCCCCGAGGCUGUGGGCUACAUCUUCUAUCACUCCCAAGACAUUGACAACGCGGCAGAUGGGGAGCUUUGGCUGGGACAUGCGGCGCGGGACGGCAUGCCCGCCAAGGUGGUACCGCUGGUAACUGCCUCCUGCCUGGAGGAUCAUGGCUUCAAGGUGGACUGGGACGGCAGCAUGAACAGGCGCCUGAUGGUGCACAUUCCAGAGGGCCCUGAGCGAGACUACUUUAGGAGGCAGCUUGAGUGGGAUGACGAGUAUUACGAUGAGUAUUCCGAGGGUGAUGAGGAAGAGGAGGAGAAGAGCGGCGAGGAGGGCGGCGGGAAGAGCGGCGGCAAGGCGGCCGCGGGGUAG